GCUGCAAGCGUUAUCGCGUCCUGUCUGCAGGAAAUAUUAGACUCAUUAUACCGUUCGACUCGUUGCUUUUAUUAAUCCCAAAGUUACCGCUACGAGCUAUCAUCUGCUCGUUAUUUUCAUCAAUCUUUGUAUCAGUGAGAUUAGGGUUCUAACAUAUUUUCGUAUAUUUAGAGAAAAGAAUGCGGUCGUGAAAUUUAUCAUCGUGUUGGUUAUGUUACAUUGGACAACUGUCGUAUAAAACAUUAACAAAAUUAUAUCAUUUGUGGCGCUAUUAUCCAGAUACAUAUUUUCUUUGUAAACAUUAAUAUUUUAUUUUUAGUGAUGAAUACUGCAGUGAAGAAACUUUGCCCUUUUAAAGAAAAAUGUUACAGAAAAAAUCCAAUUCACUUUAGUGAAAUGUCACAUCCUCAUUUGGAGGCAUUAUUGGCAAAUCAGCUGGAUGGCAUGAUAGAAAUUCCAGAAGUUCUUAAUUUCACAUGUGAUGAUCGUUCACAAUUGCUGGAUCAGUUGAAAGUAUUGCAAAUGGUUCUUAGAAAGGAAAGAGAAAAAAAUGGAGACAAUUCUACGCCAAUAACAAGUAGUCAACUUUCCAAAGCACAAUCCUCAUUAAGUAGCAAAGAAAGUUUACAAGAAAAAGUAGUCAAACAUAAGGAAGGUAUGGCACAGAAGAGACAAGAUAAGCUUAAGCAGAUGGAUGCAGAAGCUCAAGCUCUGUCUAGAGCUUUGAGCUCUCAUGAAGAACGUGAGAAUUCAGACGAUACCAAGACAAAAAAGAGAAGUUACAGUUCAGUUACAGCUGGUUCUGUAACGAAGAAAAUGAAAGAGAUCAAAAUAGAGAGUAGCGCUCACACUAAGAAAAGCCAACAGAUCAUUGGUGACUCUCAGAGCAGUUCCACGAGCAGGGAACAAAGUAAAAGUAGUAGCAAAGGAACAUCUAUCAUGGACAUGUAUCAGGCUUGUGAAACUGAAAAAUCCAGAAAAGAAGUUCGAGAGGAAGCUAUACGAAGGAUGAGACAGUCCGGAUACGAUGUAUCUAUCGUGGAUCCAGGAGAAUUUGCAAUAAAAUACGCCCUUUCAGCACCUUACCAUGUAUUUUUCACAAGAGUUGAGAAAUCAAAGGCAACUUACAGCCAACAAUUCUCCGUAACAUUUCCCGAGAUUCUUGACAGAAGUCUCGGAGAGAUAGUCAACAGCCUUCAUCUGAAUUUCAUGGUGGACGUUGGAUGGCUGUGUUUGCAAUAUCUGCUCGCUGCCCAACGUCCUGACAUGAUGAUUCUGUAUGGUGAUAGAGUAGAUACAGAAAAUGUAAGUCGCAAUAUCACCAUGAUACAUGUGGAUAUGCCGAAUCCGUUUGGAUGUCAUCAUACUAAAAUCAUGAUCUUGCGAUACAAAGACGACGGGAUCAGAGUGGUCGUCUCCACGGCUAAUUUGUAUACUCAGGACUGGGAGAAUAGGACACAAGGACUGUGGGUUUCGCCUCAUCUACCUCCACUGCCGGAAUCAGCGGAUUCCACCGACGGGGAGUCACCGACGAAUUUCAAGAAGGACUUUGAGCGGUAUCUGAGCAAAUACCGGAAUUCGGCUUUAACGGAAUGGAUAUGGGCAGUGAGAAAGGCGGAUUUUUCCGCCGUGAACGUGUUUUUCGUCGCCUCUGUGCCAGGAACUCACUCGAACUUCGAAAUUGAUUCUUGGGGACACAGGAAAUUGGCGCAGAUACUAUCGCGUCACGCCACCCUGCCGCCGGACGCGCCGCAGUGGUCUCUAAUUGCGCAGUGUUCCAGCAUAGGCAGUCUCGGUCCGAAUUACGAAAGCUGGUUGUCGAAGGAGAUCAUUCCGUCUAUGUCGCGGGAGACCACACAGGGUUUAAAGAGCCACCCGAAGUUCCAGUUUAUUUACCCGUCGGUGGAGAAUUACAAGCGAAGCUUCGAUUUCCAAACUUUGUCCUCUUGCUUGCCUUACAGCUUGAAAAUGCAUUCCAAACAACAGUGGAUAGAAUCGUACUUAUACCAGUGGAAGUCGACACGAAUAGAACGGGACCGAGCGAUACCUCAUAUUAAAUCUUACAUGAGAAUCUCGCCCGACUUGAAAAGCAUUCCUUGGUUCGUGCUGACCAGCGCGAAUCUCAGCAAAGCCGCAUGGGGAGUCCAGCGAAGCAACUAUUACAUAACGAAUUACGAGGCCGGCGUUGUGUUCCUACCAAAGUUCAUCACCGGGACGACGACGUUUCCGAUCGAGGACGAGGAGGAUCCGGCCGUUCCGAUAUUUCGGAUUCCAUACGAUCUUCCAUUGUGCCGAUACGACUCGGCCGACAGUCCUUUUGUCAACGAGUUUUUCAGCACUCACAGCUAAGUGGCGAUUUUUCAGUUGCCGAUGCAACCAGUGCUAUUCAAGUUUCUUCCCGAAUGUGGCACAGUAUUUUUACAUGAUAAAAGGCUUCGUGGAAAACUCGUGAAUAAAUUCUCAUCCAUUUGUA